AUGGCUUCAGGCAUGGCGGAAGGCCUACAUGCCAACUCAUCGGAUGCCAAUGACGCCUCCCAGCCGACUAAGUCUGAGUUCGAAACUUUGACGACGGAGAAAGAGCGCUUUGGCGACAACGGUCGCCUCCAUUCUUCAGAUAAUCCUCCUGUUCCUGAAGAAAAGCACGAGGUUCAUCAAGAUGGCAUGAAGAAUUUGGAGGCACUCGCGGAAGAACCAGCUUUAGACGUCCUCGAGAAUGGCGUCAAACGGGGAAUGGAACUUCUCGACAAGAUCAAGUUCGCCAUCAAUUCCGUCGUAUCCACCAAUGAUACCCCAGCAGCCUCAUGGGUCAAAAACAACAGGAUCUUCAAGAUCCUUCCACGCCGUCCAAGACAGUCAUCGGCGUGGGACAUGAUCAUCAAGAGAAGUCCUGAGCAACUGGUCGAAUGCCCCACUGUGAAGGGAGCUCUCGGCAGCGUCAAACAGCUGAUGGCACCAACCGCCGAGGAGUUGUACAAGAACAUUCAAUCCUAUGUCGAAAGUAGAGAGAGAAACAAUCACUUGAAAAGAAAUGUCGACGUGGAGUUCUGGCCCUUGGUUAAGGUCGUUCGAAUCUACACCAAAGCCGCCGCCUUGGCUACUGGCGCCGUCAUCGUUGACUUGCCCGGCAUACAAGACUCCAACGCCGCCCGCGCAGCUGUUGCUCAGGACUACAUAAAGUCUUGCACUGGGCUUUGGAUUGUCUCUCCGAUCAACCGCGCUGUCGACGAUAAGACUGCCAAGUCUCUACUGGGUAAUACCUUCAAGCGUCAACUCAAGUACGAUGACAUCUACUCUGCUGUAACCUUCAUAUGCUCAUAUACGGACGACAUUUCGAUUACUGAGGCUGGUAAGAAUAAGGAUGAAGAUCAGCAGCCGCUGACAGAAGAUAAGAUCCGGGAAAAGCUAUCACAUCUAAGAAGACAGAAAAGGGAAGCCCGAGAUAUGCGCAACCAAGCGAACGAGAAGAUGUCACAGCUCCGCGAAACCAUCAACAAUGUCACAUAUGACAAAGUCCGUCUACAAAGUUCCGUCAAGGCUUGCUGCAUUAAAGCAAGGAACAAGUAUUCUCAAUGUGUUAUUCAGCAAGACUUUGCCAUGGGAAUCAAAGAGCUAGAUGAAGAGGCCGCUAUGUUGGAAAAUGAAGAGAAUUUCACCCCCGACGAGCAUAUCAGACACUACGACAAGAUAGCACGAGACUUGUCUGUGUUCUGCGUCAGUAGCCGUGCCUACCAGAAGAUGAAAGGCCGUCUGCAGAAAGACGAAAUUAACGAUGAUGGCUUCCGCAAAUUUGAAAAGACUGAGAUUCCUCAGCUACAUUUACACGCAAGGAAAAUAACUGAAGAGGGUAGGAUGACUACCUGCCGGCAGUUUCUCAAUGAUCUCAAUCAGUUUCUUAAUUCCAUGAGAUUGUGGGCUAUUGACUUCAGCAAUGAACAGCUAAGCGACAUGGAAAGGCAAAAGGAAAAGGAUUACCUUCGUCUGCAAUUAUUACAAUUGGCUAGAAAUCUGGACCAAGCUAUGAAGGAAUGCAUCUGCUCGAUCCAGAAUGCUAUCUCUGAAAAGAUUCACGCCCAACUUGAGUCGAGCAUUUCUCAUGCUUCAAACGCAGCAAUUCAAACUGCGAUGGGUUGGGGCGCUUCUCGAGAUUCAGGUGGCCUUUUGUGGACUACGUACAGAGCAACGUGUCGUCGAGACAGCGUGUUUGCCAGCCAAUAUGGACCCCAAGACUUUAAUGCUGAGCUAACUGAGCCAUUAACUAAACAUAUUUCUAGUGUAUGGGAACGGGUGUUCCAGUGUCUCCUUCCAAGGGCACUUAAAACAUUUGCUGAAAGUAGCCGGUUGCACUUGAGGAAUUUCUACUAUGACGCCACUGCAAAAUGCCAACAGCGCCACAAAAGCCACACUGGCAUCGACUUUCUAAAGCAGCAGGUUCGAACCCAACAGAGAAAACUGAAAGACCUUCCAGAAAUGCUUUGGACGAAUAUCAAAAUGCUUCAGCAAAUUGCCAACAGAGGCUUCCAUGUUACCAUCAAAGGAGAUAUGCGGAGGGCAUAUGCCAACUGCUUGAUGGAGAGAGGUGCCGGUAGCUAUGCUCGCAUGAAGAGCCACAUGAUUGACUACGUGGAAAGCAACAGACUCAGCAUGUUCCGCCAUUCGACCGAUAUCGCCAAGGAACAGCUUCAGUCAAUUUGCCAACGAGUGGAAAAUGACAUUUCCGAUCAACUUCAAUCCAUACACAAUGUCAUUGCGCAGGAUUACGGGACCUAG